CCGAUACUUUUAGUUAUCUGACAAGCGUCUGUGGAUUUAGAUCGAUGUUAUCACAGAACAAGAAAGAGAAAAGCCAAAAGAAAACUUUAGCAAUCUCAUCCGAUAAGCCAAAAAUGGCCGCAGUUGAACCAGUGAUGACAGACCAACCAGAAGAAACAACUACGCAAAAUGACAAGGCCGACAUCCCCACAGGAAAGUGGAGUUCGGGGUUAUUAGGAUGUUUUGGGGACAUUAAAUCAUGUCUCUUGGGUAUGUUCUGCUCGCCAAUAUUGGCAUGCAAACUCAGUCGUAAAAUGAACGAAUGUUGCUGUGCUGGAUGCUUCGGGGGAUCAUCCCUUAGGACCAAAUAUCGCAUACAACAUGACAUACAGGGUUCAGUUUGCAGCGACGCCUUGAUAAGCUGCUUCUGUACGCCAUGCGCAUUAUGUCAGUUAUCACGUGAUCUAAAUACAAGAUAAAGUGGAAAAGUUACAUUAUAAAGUGGAAAAGAAGAUGAUGGAACUAUGAAGUUUGCAAACUAGUAUAUAAAAAACCCACACUAACAAUUAUUGAUAUAUGAACGAAAGCAUGACUAAUAAAUCGUUUGUACGUAUUUUCAAACAAUAUGUAGCUAUUCAUAGUGCACAUGUGUAUGUUUA